AUGUUUGUUAUUAUUGACCUUUGUACUCUGAAGACAUUGAAACUUGAAAUCUCCAACCGAAACCCUUAUUUGGUAAUUGUUUUUUUUAUUUUUGGGUUUGCUGUCUUGAAAUGGGGAGCAAGUAGCAGGCGCACCGCGUCAUUAAUUAGUGCAAGCUCUUGCACUCAUUUCGCUUUCAAAGUGUUAUUUUUGUUAAAUUAUAAUAUCUUUAUAUAUCUCUGCUUGCCCGCAAUGAGAAGAGGAGUAGGAAUACAAGCUAUACAUAAAGCAAAUCAACAUCAAAAACAAUUGAAUACUGUUAGUGAACAGAUAACAAGUGAACAGAUCAAAAAGACCAAUGAACAACUACAAACAUUCAAGAGUAAUCUUGAAGAGUUUGCAAUCAAACACAAAAAAGAUAUCAUAAAGAACCCAGAGUUUAGAAAACAUUUCCAAGACAUGUGUAGUGUCAUUGGUGUUGAUCCUCUUGCUUCAAAUAAAGGAUUUUGGAGUCAAAUGUUGGGAGUUGGAGAUUUCUAUUAUCAAUUGGCAGUACAGAUUAUUGAUGUUUGUCUGAGAUAUAGAUCUACUAAUGGAGGACUGAUUGAAAUCAAUACGCUGACAGAUCACAUUAGAAAGAUGAGAGGUAAAGCUGCAAAUGAAAUAAGCAAAGAUGAUAUUGAAGUAUCGAUUGCAAAGUUAAAGGUACUAGGCAAUGGAUUCAACAUUUUAAAGAUCGAGAGUAAAAAGAUUGUUCAAUCGGUGCCUUGUGAAUUGAACAAGGAUCAUACAGAUGUUUUGAUUAAUGCUCAACACAAUGAUGGAUACACUUCACCGUCGAUAUUGGCAAGUAGUUUGGGUUGGUCAGAACAAAGAAUUUCAAGUGUAUUGGAGGUAUUGUUAAAUGAAGGAAUGGCUUGGAUAGAUAAUCAAUCCAUUCAACAUAAAGGUGAAGUUAUUUAUUGGUUUCCAAGUUUAUGGUCUUCAACUUUUGAAUAA